AAGUUCUAGAGAAGAUACGAAUAGGCCGUCCCCUCUCGAAGCGUUUCAUGGAAUCAGAUCGUUGACAUGGUUUAUCGUUUAUCCAAGGCAGACAGCGAGAACAAUCAUUUCGGUUCCAUUACAUCUGAAUGAAUUCUGAAAAAAGGGACAUGUAAACUGAAUGAGAUGUCUUCUGUAAACGGGGUCGGACGAGGCAAUGCAUCACAAAUAUCAAGUCUAAAACUGUCUCAGGAGUGCUUUAAAGAAAAUCGUUUUUUCUUCGAAGUUUUUCUCCGCAGGGGUAUCCUGUCACUUUCAGAAGAGCACUGUUAAAUUUUUUCUUUCCUAUAAGUGAUAAUCCGUUGCUUCAAAGUAUUUUCAUGCCGUUGUCAGUGAAUUCAGCGGAUGGGAGGAAGUUGUCAGUUUCAUCCUUUGGUAAAAGUCUUGAUGUGGCAUAAUACGAAACCGUCAAUGGUGGAUAAGAUUGGAGACAGAUUUGGUUCACUGACUUUUUCACGUGUGCGGUUGGAACGGUGUCUUGAACGGAUUAUACAAUGGAUUGUUGUAGUAAGAAGCGAGUAUUGAUGGUUAUGACAAGUGCAUGUGCGUGUGCAGCAUUUGGAUUACUGGCUAUCGGUGUCGCUACAGACUAUUGGCUCUUCACGAGUGAUCUCCAAAAAGAAUCGGAAAACGACACUGACCUGUACGAAAAUCACUGGUCUGGGCUUUGGCGCACGUGCAGAGUGGACGGCUAUUUUCCAACAAAAAUGGAUUGCAAUUACAUCAUGUAUUUCACCCCAAGUGAUGAAAAAGAGGGCUUACCACAGACGCAAGCAAUAUUGUUGACGAUGCGGAGAUCCACGUGGUUUCCUCUGGCGAGUCUCCUGAUUUUGUUGAUUGGAGCCAUCAUUUGUUUUGUUGGUCAGUGUAAAUCUGGAAGAAAGAACUUAACGUUUGUCUGCGGUAUUUUAUUCGUUCUUGCAGGUUUGUGUACAUUAGUUGGCAUCAUUCUAUAUAUAGGCAGCAUUACCGAGGAAGUCGGUAGUAAAGGGAAACCCAGCGGCGACGAAAAAGUCAAAUUCAAAUAUAAUUAUGGAGCCUCGUUUAUCAUGACAGUCUGCUCCUUUGUUCUGACUGAGUUAUCUGGAGUUUUUUCAGUAUAUCUGUACAUCACUCGUUACAAACAGAAACACAGGAAAAAACUCCAACAAAUGUUAAAAGAGGAGCAAAAUGAUCAUAGUAAUAGAUGGAGAUACCGCAAGCCAACAAAUCACAGUCGCGAGAGGUCCGUCUCCAGGGAGCGUUGUUCAAGAGACCAUUCCAUGAGUCGAUCUGAUAGUUAUUAUACAUAUACCCCUAUAUCUGACAAUGCUUCCAAUGAACUCUCGAACUAUACAUUCCCGAGAGAAGUGUCUAGAAAUACCAUAUCAACUACUGUCGAUACGCAUGCGCCGCGCGAAUACCGCGAUCACGUGGUCCGAGAAAACAAUACUCGAGAACAUAUGACGGUUCCACUUCCGCCUGAAACAAUUAUAAGACGAACAACUCCCGUGUGAUUUUGUUUAGGUCAGUUAGACGUUAUUGUCAACCAUUCGGUGCUUUACUGACAAUCAAACGGCUGACAGAAGGCACAAAAUCCUAGUUCCCCUUGCCAUUUUUCACAGGGAGUUCUACAUAACACAGAUAUGAUAAAAUGGUUAAACUGAAGAAGGCUGUUUUUCAUCUGUACGUAGGAAAAAGAAUUCCUGAAAUUUAUUUUAUUACCUAAGCUGUCUUGUAGAUGAAUCAUUGGUGUAAAUAUUUUGAUAUGAAUAUUGAACUUAGCAAGGGAGAUGUAUUGUCCGUGGGUUUGGUUAGGUGUUUUCUACAUAUUUUUGUAUUAUUGGUCAUGCAGUAUUUGAAUGUUAAUGCAACUGAAUGAUUAUAGCCGAUUUUUCCGGUUUGAGUGAUUCAAAGUUGUGCAUUGAAUGGUCUAUAGAUGUAUUUUAAUUCAUACAAAUCUGAAUUCAUUAAUAUCACACAAAUAGUUCAUGUUUUCAUCAUGUUAUGUAUCCUCGAGACCAUUGAUAUGUAUAAUAGGCAACUUUGUGUGAGAAGAAAGAUAACUUGUGCAUGGCAUAUAAAGACAAGCGUUUAACGUAUGUGUAUUUAUUGAAUAAUGUAUGUUGUGACAUGUAUUAUCAUUCUCACUGUGUGUUUACAUAAGAUGCCUCGCUGAAUAUUAUACAUUUUUAAGUAUCAUAGGAGUUAAAGAGAACGCACAGUUAAGCCACAAAGAAGUAAGGCGAGGUUAACACUUACUUGUACAAUAUUGCAGGACUUCGGUUUAAAGACGGUCCUUGCUCAUCUUAUACCAUCUUGACUUGUACAUGUGUAUACUGUCUAUUUAUUAUUUAAAAAACCCCGCGCAUUCUUUUAACUUGUUUGAAACAAUAUUACGAAGGGCAAUACAAAGAAAAAACGAAGAUCACUCUGUUGUUUCCAAACAUUUCUAUGGCUGUUGUGAAGGACGCAUUCAGUUUGAGUUUUAUUUUUGAAACAUUAUGCAUACGUUAAAUGUUAUUAGUUAAAUAUAUGUAAUUUUUGUAAAAAUUUCUACACUUUGUAAUUAUAUGUUGAUAUCAUGUGUCAUUGCAUAUUUCUCCAUUAUAUGGGCUUUUUUGUUUAAUUUGUUAUAUAAUUAUGGUCUCAUUUGAAUUGAAGAUAUUUAUCAACAA